GCAAUGUGCGAAUGUGGCAACCGAGGCGCAGACAGGGAGGGGUAUUAGAUUAACCAAAACCGCGGCUUGUUUGGUCCAUUUAUCUUAAUUUUUUUUUUUUCAUUUUUAUAGUCUGCGAUUCAUGCUGGAGUACGUCUGGAUAGUUCUUUUGCACGGUAAUCCGUUGUUCGUAAUCGGGACCCGGAGCGCUAGCGUUAGAUAGGAUUCCUCACGAAAGAAAGAAGCUACCAUCCAGCCUCAAAAUGGGCCGAUAAUGAAAAGGUGUUGUGCUGUGAAGCGAUUAUGACUUUGUAGGAUUAUUUAUUUUAAUUUAUUCCCCCUUUACCCUGUCCCUUGUUUUGUUUAUCCACAAUUGAUUCCACGCCUUGCAGCUUGCGGGGCUAAUUUUGCAAGGGGGGCUAUAUUGUACUGUACCAAACGGGACGUAAUCAAAAAGAGGACUAAACCAUGGAGCAAGCCGGUAUCCUGAAAAAGUUUAUCCAAACUGUGAAGGAAAUGAACGAGGGAGACGAGGAGAGAGGAGAGGACAACUUCGGUUGCGACUUUAUGAGGUUACGGCGAUUAUCAACCAAAUACAGAACCGAAAAGAUUUAUCCUACAAAUGUUGGAGAGCAAGAGGAGAAUGUCAAGAAAAACCGAUACAAAGACAUACUGCCAUUUGAUCACACAAGAGUGAAGCUGACAUUGAAAACUACCAAUCAGGACACAGAUUACAUCAACGCCAACUUUAUAAAGGGUAUUGAUGGCCCGGAGGCAUACAUAGCGACUCAGGGGCCUCUACCAAACACAGUCAUGGACUUCUGGAGGAUGAACUGGGAAUACAAUGUGGCGGUUAUUGUCAUGGCAUGUCGGGAGUUCGAAAUGGGAAGGAAAAAGUGUGAGAAAUAUUUCCCACAGUUCGGAGAGGAGCUGUUGACUUUUGGACCUUUUAGAAUCUCCUGUGAGGCAGAACAGGCCAGAACAGAUUAUUUCAUCCGGACGCUAGUUGUGGAGCAUGAAAAUGAGACUAGGAGGAUAACCCAGUUCCACUACAUGAACUGGCCCGACCAUGACGUUCCCUCUUCAUUUGACUCUAUUCUGGAUAUGAUUGGACUGAUGCGGGAAUACCAGGAGAAUGAUGACGUUCCUAUAUGUGUACACUGCAGUGCUGGAUGUGGGCGGACAGGGGCAAUCUGUGCCAUUGACUACACAUGGAACCUCCUCAAAGCUGGGAAAAUUCCAGAGGAUUUUAAUGUGUUUCGGUUAAUCCAGGAAAUGAGGACACAAAGGCACUCAGCUGUUCAGACCAAGGAGCAGUACGAAUUGGUUAACAAAGCAAUCGCACAGCUCUUCCAGAAACAACUUUUACUCCUGGAAAGUUCAUCUACUCAAAUUCACGAUGGCAUGGAUGAAAGUAGUCCAGACAAAUCUCGCCAACAAUCAGAUGAAGACAGAUGGGACACGCCUCCUCCAAAACCUCCGCGAAUCAGAAGUGCGCAGACUGAGGGAGAUGUGAAGGAGGAGAUUCUGCAGCCACCAGAGCCUCAUCCAGUGCCCCCCAUCCUAACGCCCUCUCCUCCUUCUGCCUUUCCCACGGUCACCAACGUACGGCAGGACAAUGACCGCUACCACCCAAAACCUGUGCUACACAUCCUUGCUACUGCACACAACAAUACUACACAGAAGCUGGAAGUGGACCAGCAGCAGAACCAAUCAGAAACCUGUGCUAACACAAUCAGCAGUCCAUCAGAUCUAAAGGACCAAAACUUAUCAAAACAAGAAACCCAGACUUUAGACUUAAAUGAUAACUAUAACAACAAAUCCUCUUCUACAACAUUAACAAAGUCCAACUCAGGUGCUAACCAGACUCACACUCCCUCCUCCCCUCUCUCUCCCAUCGUAGAGGGGUCUGGUCCAAGAAUUGAGCGAAAACUGAGUAUCGAGAUCAAAAAGGUGCCAUUACAAGAGGGACCACGUAGCUUUGACACAGCCAGCUCUAUGGGCUUAGCUGCUUCUUCCGCUAACAGUGCUAACAUGCUACAUCGAUGCCAUGCGUUCAAAACUAGGACGGGACCCACCAUUUUGACCUCUAGCUCUUCACUUUCCGAAGAUUCAGGAACAGAGGGAGGAGCGGGCUCAUGUGGGGAUAGUAAAGAAGAUGGUAUUUUAGAGCGACCAAAUCAUUUACCGGUUAAGAGUAGCGACAAAGUAGAUAGCUUAGAUGUUAAACUAGGACAUGCAGCGUGGAGUCAACCGUCGACAAGCCCAGAAAAGAAUCUAUCAAAAUCUUCGUCAUCUUCAUCCGAUCGAGUUCCUCAAAGUUCCUCUUGCUCCUCCCAUCCCUCCUCCUCAUCCUCCUCUUCCUCAUCUACACCAGUUAGAACUGCACUAAGUUUCACAAACCCGCUGCACUCGGAUAACUCGGAUGAAGAGGCCGAUGCGGAGAUGGUGGGGGUCGUCACUGGGUGCCACCAUCCUCACACUAAUGUCUUCACGGCAACGGCUGCCAUGGUGACCACAUCUUCAGGGCACCACGGCGCCCAUUUGCCAAUCAGGAAGGUGAUGCCCAUGUCUAUUGCCGAGCAGAAUACACCGACUACAAGUUCUGCAAACUGUUGUUGGGACAGCGAUGACUCCCCUCCUCCUCUCCCCAAGAGGACCCCCGAGUCCUUCAUACUGGCCACAGAUCCAUUGGAGAUUAAAACCGCCUCUGCAGAAUGGAACAGUUCACACAAAGAGGCAUCAGAUAUUGUUAAAAAGAGUACUCCAUCUGACCCAGUGUUUCCUGACCCAACCACCUCCUCACAACCCACAGACAGCAGAGCAGAGCUGGGUGGGGUUCGGUAACCGCUGUGUUCAGCCCAAAGGCCCUCGGGAGCCCCCUGUGGAGUGGACAUGAUUGACCUGUCCCUAAAAAGACUCUCUUCAUUUAUACUGCCCUCUACUGACUGCCUCACCACAGUCAGAGUCAGAAAACAAACCAUACAUUUUACAUCAAAACAUUACUCUCUAUGGGCUCUCCCUCAAAAUAUAAACACAUUAACAUUUUACUGGUGGCUUUUUCAUUUUUCUUUCUUUUUUUUUCUUCAUACAGUCUUGCUGUUUCUUGUAUUGGAUUAAAAGAUCAUUCCUGGUAAGCCAAUUUGAAAACAUAAAACUUUACAUUUAAUGUGUUAUUUCAAACAUUACAACCAAGUAUUACCAUUCAAAUAUUGUGAUUGUAAUUUAGAAAAAUCUUAGUAUUUAUAAUGCAUUGGAGUACAGCCUAUUUUGCCAUAAUUACAGAAGUCCAUGUAAAUAAGGUGCCAAUACAUUUUGGAUUUUAUUUGUAAGUAUUUUUGAUUAACUUCAAAAAAUCUAGUGUUAUAAUAUGCCUUAUGCUUUGGUUUCAGUUAUGUUUAGCUUAUGCUUCACUGUAGAAUAUGUAGACCUCUGCAGAGGCAUUAGUUUUGUUUUGAAAUGCUAAAAUGUAGUGCCCAAUUUUUAUCUAAAGCCAACUUAUAUGCUAUUUCUGGAGUAAAUGCUUAUAUUAUUCUAAGCCAAACAAUCUUGAUCCAAGUGUGCCAUGAUUUGCAUAUUAAUGAUUUUACAUAGCUUUUACUCCUGAUGCCCUACCUUUCCCAAUUCUAUCGAUUUAAACAGAGUUGGGUUGACACAAAAAAUGUCUUAGUACCCAUAUAAUCAGGAGUUUUCUUGGCUGAUACAAGAAGCAAUUUCAAGGUUUACCAACAUGUCCUACAAUUUUGAAUGAACAACAGUCAAGAUGCACUAUGUAACUUUUCUCCAUGAUGUUAUUGCUUUGUCUGUAGUGUUCCUCAGUAUGGCAUUCGACUCAUCCAUCUUGCAUUUAUUCAAUUACAUCUGUUCUUAUUACUAUAAAGACACAAUAAAAUGUAUACAUUUUUUACUGUGCGCACCCCUCCUUAGAUCUGUUCUGUCACUGCAAAUCCCUAUGAAAAUAAGUUUAAUGCAGUACUGUGGAACUUUCUAAGCAAAGCAUUAACAUAUCCAUGGAAACCACCUGGUGGCAGAUCCUGAAAUGUUACGUAGUGUACCUGUUAAAUUUUUUUUUUUUUUUUUUUUUUAAAUGGUGCAGCUUUUUUUGUCUUUUCAUUUUUUUUAUUGGGGUGCUAUAUUGUUUCUCCCUCUCCAUAUGUGCUGGUGCUACAACGCAAGGGUAGAAUUUGCCUUUUUAAACACAAUACUUACUUUGGUCUGGUGAAAGUAAUGGCUUUUUUCUUCAGUGCUGUCCUCCAUUUGAACCACACUCCCAUAACACUCAAUUAGUACAUAUAAAUGACUUCCAUAAGGCAUUAAAAGCAUUACAAGAUAUGUAUUAUUGUAAAGUGGAGCCAAAGAUAUGACCAACUUAUUUUUAACUUAAUAUUGGCAAGUGUAAAGCAUUCAUUUUUUUGUCAUUUGAUAGCAAAUAACUCAUUAGCCAAUUCAUAGUAAUAAUAGUCUAUUUUUGCCAGCAAUUCCAAUUGUGUUUUUCAAUCAGUGUUACAGUCAGCCCAGAUGUAUAAGGUCUUAUAUUGUGUUUAUCUUUUUUUUUUCAACCAUGUUGUACUGAAUUAUCUCUGGUGUUUAGUUUCAAUCAUGCACACUCAAUGAUCCCAUAUUGCACAAUUUUCUGAUCUAUGUUAUAAUGUUGUUUUUUCAUCAAAACCAUACUCGGAGUUGUGUUGUUUUUGUUUCAUACACACAUGUUUAACACACAAACCCUGCAUAUUUAGGCUGAGUUCUUCUUAAAUAGUAAAUGCUUUGUUCCUUGUGAUGUCAUUAAGUGGUAAUACAGGAACUGGCCCACUGUGUUUUUAAACUCCAUACACCUUCCCUCGAAUCAUAUGGAUAAUUUCAGCCUUGGAAUUGACAAUUUCUAGUGAACUAAAGGUAAAAUGUAGCUGUUAACUUGAAAACUACCACUUAAUGACAUCACAAGGCGGAACAGAGCAGACUAAUAAUGCAGGAUUACUCAAACAUGUGUGAAUGAAACAAAACACAACUCUGGUUAUGUUUUUGAUGAGGUAACAACAUUGUAACCUGGCUUUAAUCUCCCAAGAAUCAAUUUUGUGUAAUAUAGGACCUUUACAUAAUCCUCCAGUAAAGACAAUGGUUUAUUCCAAUAGCAGCCACUAGAGAGCACCAGGAUUAGUACUUAAGUCUACUGCUUUAGCACUCUAGAUAUAACUGUACAGGGCAGUUUAUUCAUAUAAUAUACAAUUUGUCACAUUUAUGCAAUCUUUGAAGAUGUAAGAAAGUCAAUGCAUGAUGAUAAAACUAUUUUGUUUCUUGAUUUGUAAAUUAUUCUGAACAGAUUUUGCAAAGAUUUCAGGGUUAUUUUUUAUGUUUGAGCUGUUAAAUAAUUUUGAAAGAUAUUGUUUAAUUAAACAAUAUGUUUAAUUUAAAUUGGCAGAGUUAAAGCUAUGACUGCCAGGACAGCCACCUUACACAUAAUUACCACGGGCUCCCAAAAGAUUGUAAAGAUAUUAAUAAUGAUAAUGAUGAUAAUGGUUGUUUUUGUAAAUUGUAUUUUAAAAGUUAUUUUUGUAUACACAGUUGUUUGUCACACCACUGCGCCUCAUUUAAACCUAAACAUUUCAAAAAAAAAAUCCCUUCUUUUGAAGCUAGAUGUCUUCUUUCUCUUUUUCCCAUCUUUUUUUUGCUUUAGGUACACUCAAAAUAACAAGUUAAUUUUAAAUGAAUUAUGUAAGUUUCCCUACAAAAUUAAAGCCACAGUAUCCAACUUUUCAACUUUUACAUGCAAAAAUAAAAAGGUUUUUUUCUUUUGGUUGUUUUAACUGCACUGAAAGACUUAAAACUGUACCCUUCAGUCCAGUCUAAUCCACUUUAUUUCUGUAGCGCAUUUUAUAAACAUAUGGUUUCCAAAGUGCUGCACAUAGUGGAAAUAAAAGUUAAAAAAAAACAAAAAACAAAACUUACAGUGAGUGGGCUUGCAUCUCCACAAACCUGAGUCUUAUUUGGCCUUCUUGCUCAUUUCCAUGGAAAUUAUGUUAUUUUGGCUAUAAUAUGGCAUUAAACUUAUCUAUCUUCAUGGAGAAUGGUCCACGCUAUGGUUUUAACUUUUUGUUUCCUCGGAAUCAUGCAAGUCAAAAGCCAUCUAAAAUGUAUACUGUACUGUGUAAAUGUUUGUAUGGAAAAUAGUGAUAUAUUUAUAAGUCCUAUUAUUUUUGAGUGUACUAGGCAAUUUCACAUGUGCUACCAAAAUAUAUUACUCCUAUUAUUUUUGUUCCAUUAUCCAAAAAUGAAGGUUUAGUCUGCAAAAAAAACAACAAUUCAUUAUCAAUAUAUUUUCUUUUUAGCCAAAUUAUUUUACAUUUGCAACAAUAUAAGUAGGAAAUGAAGUAGCUUACUUCAUAGCUUACAGUGUCAAGUGAAUUAUUACUUGUAAUUAUUAUGUUAAAAAUUAUAUACAUAAACUAUUAAUUAAUAAAUAAAUCUGAAUUACAGUUGUCAAAAGUAUCUAAAAUUUGAUACUUGGUGAUACUAAAACUAUUAUCAAAACUAGAUACUCAUUUGAACAGGUUUUGAUUUUAAAGGAAAAAAAAAGUCACAUUUACAAUACAGAAGUCAACCUUUCCUGAAUAGUUUUAGAGUGAUCUUGAGCUGUAUCAGAACAAGUUUAAGAAAUGACCACAAUUUAAUGGUGAAAAUUAUAGUGAUUUUUUUUUUUUUCUUUAUUAUAGUCAUUCAAUUGAAAUAGAAUUGAGUAUCGAGUCUAUCCCUUGGUAUCGAAAUAAAGUUUGAAAUGUUAUUACCUUGAGGACACUAACUCCAAACUACUCAUUUCAAGAUAAAUAUUUUUCAAUCAUUUGAGCUCAUCUAGAUUUUUUUUUUUGCUGUGAAAACUUCUAUUCUUUCUACCUCUCAUUUAUAUCACCCUCCCUGCACACUAGCCUCAGAAAGAGCCUGCCUGUGCCUUUAAGACUUUAAAGCCCCCCCCCCCCCCCCCUUCUUUUGGUCAAUCAGCAUCACCACAAUUGCACAAGCCCCUCCCACUUUUGCCCAUCUGUUUAGCCAAAUGUUGCCCCCACCCACCUCCACCCAGCCAAUUGUAUGUUGCAGAAAUCAAUCAAUAGCAAAGCUCUUUUUGUACUUGUAAGUAUUGGACAUAUUGAGAUGUAUGUGUGAGUGUGUACAUAAGGAUUAAAAUGCAUUAGUUUACAAUUUAGAGGUGGUUCAUGGAUCACUUUGAAAUGUCUCUGAAGCCACACAAAAUAAAAUAAUUUAAUCAUG